AUGCCUACAAUAUCUUCAAUGUGGCGAAUCAUUUCUCCCAAGUUUUUAGGUCCAAGAACACCACUUUUCAGAAUCACCAUAUACAAUUCAAUAUGCUUCCCUGAUGCGAUUAAAAUGCAUCGCGAGGAAAUUUGA